UUACACAUUUCAAGACACAAAAAGUAAUGCUCUCAUUCGAUCACGAUUCACAUAAUAAGUAAACAACAACCUCUCUGUUCUUCAUCUUCUUCAUUUCAUUCUCUCUCAGAAACUCACAAUUCAAAAGAUGGAUCAAAACCCAACAGUAGCAGAAGAUUUAAUCAAAGUCACAAUUGAAUCAAAUGGGAUAGGAAUCAUAACAAUCAACAGACCAAAAUCAUUAAACUCAUUAACAAGAGCAAUGAUAGUUGAUUUAGCAAAAUCAGUAAAGAGAUUAAAUGAAGAUGAAUCUGUUAAAGUAAUUAUAUUAACAGGUUCAGGGAGAGCUUUUUGUUCAGGUGUUGAUUUGACUGCUGCUGAAGAUGUAUUCAAAGGUGAUGUAAAAGAUAAAGAGACUGAUCCUGUUUGUCAGAUGGAGAUUUGUAAGAAACCUAUUAUUGGUGCUAUUAAUGGAUUCUCUGUUACUGCUGGUUUUGAGAUUUCACUUGCUUGUGAUAUACUUAUUGCUUCCAGAAAUGCUAAAUUCAUGGAUACUCAUGCUAAAUUUGGGAUAUUUCCAUCAUGGGGACUUUCUCAGAAGCUUUCACGGAUGAUUGGACCAAACAGAGCUCGAGAAUAUUCAUUAACAGCAAUGCCUAUAACCGCAGACAUGGCUGAAAAAUGGGGUCUUGUGAACCACGUUGUCGAACCACACGAAUUAAUGCAGAAAACCCGAGAAGUUGCUGAAGCGAUCAUUAGAAACAAUCAGGAAUUGGUAGUUAAGUACAAAUCUGUUCUCAAUGAUGGCUUCAAAUUGGACUUGGGUCAUGGCCUUGCUCUAGAAAAGGAGAGAGGACACGAGUACUACAGUGGAAUGACAAAGGAGCAAUUCCAGAAUAUGCAGAAAUUCAUAUCAGGUCGGAACAAGCCUACUUCCAAACUGUAAUAUGUUUGAAGAAUGACUAGACCUUUUCCAUUACGUUCAGCUGUAACAAUAAAUCUCUUAGGUUCUUUAAAUAUUUGGGAAAUGAAAAGGUUUUACCAAUAAUGUUUACUGCAGCAGGAUUCUGUAUUUUCCUGUUUUAGAAAUGAUAAUGUUUUAGUAUCUUGGAAAAAACACUGUGUUUCUUGAAUGUUUAACUUUGCCAUUGUUUAUCUUACUCCUAUUCUUAAA